AGAACUUUUGCCUUCUCUCUCUCUCUCUCUCUCUCUCUCUCUCUCUCCCACGGCCCCUCUCUUUUAUCCUAUGCAUUAUUUCAACUUAUAUAAGAAGAAGGAGAUGGGAGGUUAAUUCUUACUUGGAACUUAGCCAAGUUUGGGCCUCGGUCAAUCAAUGGAGAAGCUCAUAAUGAGAUUGCCACCAGGGUUUAGGUUUCAUCCUACUGAUGAAGAGCUUGUUGUUGAGUACCUCAAGAAGAAAGCCAUGUCAUGCCCUUUGCCGGCAGCCAUCAUCUCCGAUAUCGACUUCAGGAGCCGUGAUCCUUGGGAUUUGCCUGGUUGCCAUGACGGCGAAAGGUACUUCUUCAACCUUCAAGAGGCGAACUAUCGAAAGAGCGGUCGUUCAAAUAUUAGAGCCACAAUGUCAGGAUACUGGAAAGCAACAGGAAGAGAGAAAACAAUUCUAUGUUCCAAGCUCAAUGAGAUAGUAGGAAUGAAGAAGGUUCUUGUCUUUCAUCAGGGAAAGCCUCCUCAUGGAGUUCGAACUCAUUGGGUCAUGCAUGAAUAUCGCCUCGCUGGUCCUGAUCAAACUAAGAACCCAAGCCAGCAGCAGUACUCCUUAGUUCAAGGCCAAAAUUGGGUGGUGAGUCGCAUUUUUAUGAAGAAGAAGGGAACUUCAAAGAUGAAAGAAAAUACGGUUCAGUGCUAUAGCAAUUCUCGAGCAGGAGAUGAUCGAAACAAUCAUGGUGAUUUCGGACCUCAAUCUCCUCCUUCGAGUUGCGUCACUGAUUUAUCUGAUGAAGAAGAAGGUAGCAAAGGAGAGGAAGCAAACAGCAAGUAGCUAGAUUGGUCCCUAUGAACAUUAUAAUAUUCUCCAUGCAUCUUAAUUAAUUUGAUCUCUAUUAAUUUGUAAUUGCAAAUAAUUUUGAGACGUAAUUGUUCUUUUUCUUUAAGUUGGAAUCAUGAACUCACACACAA